UCUCCUCUGCUCUCCUCUCCUCUCUCCUCUCCGGCUCCACUCAAUCAGCUGACGAAUGGUAUCUCCCUCCUCUCCCGGAUGGAUCGCGCCGCUGAAGCCGGGCAGCCUGAGCGCUGACACAGGAGCAGGUUGCCCACCGCCCGCUCUUCUCCCGCUGGAUGUCUGACCGACCGAGCCUCAAGUAAAAGAUUUCGCUUCACGUAAAAGAAAGAGAGAGCUUUCUUUACAGGAAGCUACCCGCCUCACCAUGGCUUCCAACUUCAACGACAUAGUCAAACAGGGAUACGUGAGGAUACGGAGUAAGAAACUGGGGAUCUUCCGGAGGUGUUGGCUGGUGUUCAAAAAGGCCUCCAGUAAAGGACCCCGACGGUUAGAGAAGUACCCAGACGAGAAGGCAGCCUAUUUCCGGAGUUUCCAUAAGAUCACUGAGCUCCAUAAUAUCAAGAACAUUACCCGGAUGCCACGGGAGACAAAAAAGCAUGCUGUGGUGAUUAUCUUCUGUGAUGACACGUCCAAGACAUUUGCUUGUGAAUCAGAGCUGGAUGCAGAGGAAUGGUGUAAGCUGCUGUGUGUGGAGUGCCUGGGCAGCCGUCUCAACGACAUCAGCCUGGGAGAACCAGACCUGUUAGCAGCGGGGGUGCAGCGGGAGCAGAACGAACGCUUUAACGUGUACCUGAUGCCUACCCCUAACCUGGACAUCUACGGGGAGUGCACCAUGCAGAUCACCCAUGAAAACAUCUACCUUUGGGACAUUCACAACGCUCGCCUCAAACUCGUCAUGUGGCCUCUUAGCUCCCUCCGCAGAUACGGUCGAGACUCCACCUGGUUCACUUUUGAGUCAGGAAGGAUGUGUGACACAGGAGAGGGUUUGUUCACGUUCCAGACGCGGGAGGGCGAGAUGAUCUACCAGCGGGUCCACUCAGCCACGCUGGCCAUUGCCCAGCAGCAUGAGAGGAUGAUGGAGGAGAUGGAGAAGAGCUCCCAGAUCCACUCCAGAGAGAUGCUAACCAAGUCCAUCUCCCUGCCACGCAGCGCCUACUGGCAGCACAUCACGCGUCAGAACAGCGUGGGAGAUCUCUACAGUUACCAAGGAACCAGCAUGACAAUGACUUAUAUCCCCCGAGCACAGACGUUCCCCAGCUUUCUGUCAGACGAGCAUGAACAGGAGGAGAGGCCGCACCAGGAAGAGGCACCGUCGCCCUCUAGUGGCCGUGAAUCCAGUUGCAGCCUGAGACCCCUUCAAUGACAAGAAUUGCUCCACCAAAACUGGACACUUUAACCACCACUGUAGAGAGGUUGUAGAAAUAUGUAUAGUGACAUGUGUAAUAUAUCAUUUCUUGGUGAUACUGAAACAAUAGUGUCAACUGUAGGGAGAGUGGUACAUGAAAAGGUCUCCUGCAAAGGGACGAUGUCCUUUUUUUUGGUAUGUCAUGUGACAGCAGCAGUAGCGUUGAAGAUUGCACCAAAAAUCCUUUAAAUGUAGUUUUAAAGUGUUUUAUGUUGCCAUUAUGCUGUUACAGCCAGCAUGACCCCUUUUUUUAAAAGCACUACACCUUAUAAGAAGUUAAAGGUACUAACACACCAAGGUCCGCAGUAAAACAAUGUUAAGACAGGCUUUCGGUCUAAAAAUUGAUGAAAUUACAUUGGGUUCGUUCCAAUAAUGUCCAGCUUCAGAUACCAUUUAAGGAGAAACUCCACCAUUUUUGACACAUAAUCCUCCCACACUUACUGUACUUUGCUUCCUUUCAAGAAUGUGAAAUUGAUCAAUGCCUUACACAAAAACCGACUUUGAUGGCAGUGAUGAAUCAGCUAAAGCCCUUAAUCAGUUACAGCCUGCACAGAAAAAGUCAUUCAGGAAUGUGCGUUGAUAUACCAGGAAAUUACUGUCAUGUCAGAAAUUAUACAAUGCAACCUUCUCGGAGCCUCUACUUUAAAUUGCCAACCUUACAUUAUACUAGCAGCGCAAUUUGAUUUUAAUAGCUUCUCUGCUCUAUCUGAUAACUGGUUUAUUAGCAAAAAGGAAAGAAGUGAUGUUUGUGACCUGUGAAAUAUUGCCAUCAUGGGACGGUUGUGGCAAUAAAAAAAAUCAUAGUAGUUUUCACCCAGCUGCUGUUAUGUUCAUACAAGAUUUAAAUUCUGAAAAAGUACCAUGAAUAUACAGUACCAGUCAAAAAUUUGGACACACUUUCACAUUCGCUUGAAUGAGAAAAGUGUUCUUCAUAAGUGUUGGGGGACCUCUUCAGGCUUUCUCUUUUCCAUACACCUUUGACUGUCAUUUAAGGAAUAGUUUUACAUUUUGGGAAUACAGCUUUCAAGCUGAUAGUUAAAUAAGAAUACCAGUAGCAGGUUAGCUUAGCUUAGCACAAAUUAGAAACAGGGAUACAGCUACACUAGCUCUGUCUAAAGGUAACAAAAUCUGCCCACCAGCACCUGUAAAAUCACAGUUUUACAGGUUGUUUCUACGCUUUUUUGUAUGGAUUAAACAAACAAAAUGUUAUGUGUUAAUUAGAGAGUUUUAGAGGUGCUGGUAGGU